AUGGCUUCCUUCUUGUUCUUGCUAUUUUUGUUACUGACUCCAGCCGCCGUGGCCAACCUCAAAACUGAUGGUCCAUGUCCAGCAUGUUGGGGGGCCGCCUUCGAUCUGGAGAGCCAGCGGGAGCUGCUUCUCGAUUUGGCCAAGAAAAGUAUCCUGAACAAGCUACACCUCCACCAGCGCCCCACACUGAGUCGGCCUGUGUCCAGGGCUGCUCUGAAGACCGCACUGUGGCGCCUCCGUGCGCCUCGACAGGAAACCCCGCUGGAGCAGGACCAGACACAAGAGUAUGAGAUCAUCAGCUUUGCUGAGACAGGCCUCUCCAACAUCAACCAGACUCGUCUCGAUUUCCACUUCUCUGCUAGAACUGCUGGCAGCAUGGAGGUCCGGCAGGCCCGCCUCAUGUUCUUCGUGCAUCUCCCUUCCAAUACUACCCAGACCUUGAAUAUACGAGCCCUUGUGCUAAGACCGUAUGCUACCAACCUCACCUUGACAAGUCAGUACCCACUGCAGGUGGAUGCUAGUGGCUGGCACCAGCUUCUCCUGGGACCCGAAGCUCAGCUUGCUUGCAGUCAGGGGCACCUGACCCUGGACCUGGUAACCGAAAGCCAGGUGGCCCACAGUUCAGUAAUCCUGGAUGGGUUUUCUCACAGACCUUUUGUGGCAGCCCGGGUAAGAGCUGGGGGCAAGCAUCGGGUUCGCCGGCGAGGCAUCAACUGCCAGGGGGGGUCCAAGAUGUGCUGUCGGCAAGAGUUCUUUGUGGACUUCCGUGAGAUCGGCUGGCAUGACUGGAUCAUCCAGCCUGAAGGCUAUGCCAUGAACUUCUGCACUGGGCAGUGCCCACUACACGUGGCAGGCAUGCCUGGCAUCUCUGCAUCCUUUCACACGGCAGUUCUCAAUCUACUCAAAGUCAACGCAGCUGCCGGCAGCACUGGAGGAGGCUCGUGCUGUGUGCCCACAGUUCGGCGCCCUCUGUCCUUGCUCUACUACGACAGAGACAGCAACAUUGUCAAGACGGACAUACCUGACAUGGUGGUAGAGGCCUGUGGGUGCAGCUAG